AUGGCCAACUCAUCUGUUAUGCACACGCGCAAAAAGCAGUUCCAAACUCCAAUCACCUCAUUCUUCCCACGCGAAAGCGCAGACGAUGUGCGCCGAACACUGCACACACCAUCAUUGGCACCAGCACUACCCGCAGCGACCCAGGCCGGCCUAAUCAGCGUAGGUAUGCGAGUCAGAAAGUCGGUUCCUGAAGGUUACAAGACGCACAAGACAAUCGGCCAAGCAGCCUCGAGCUCGAUGCCCCCGUCUGCAAUCAAGAUACGCUCUGAGCCGACAGUCACAGGGUCACAAGAACUCAUGCCCUUCUGUGGUCUUCACAAGAUUGGUGGUCUGGGGAUGCAACAAAUGCCCGCUUCGUCAGCUCCGGCGGCUGUGAUGGAUACGUACGAGCUAGACUUCGAACACAUGCCGGAUCUUUCUGGGUCGCAAAUUACUCUAUCAUCAUCGCAAGAGAGCUUCGGGCCGGUAGAGGAGCCUUCUAAUAGGAAACGGACAUACGAAGACGAAGUCGAAGACGGCAUGGAUGCGCUGUUCGAGGACAUGCAUGCCCCAGACAUUAUACACCAUCAGAUGCCAGGGGUGUCCCGACCGAUCGCAAAACCGCGCAAUCUGCGCAAAACUGCGAUCUCAGAUCAACCUGCUGUGAUUAAUCCUGGCGAUUUUGAUGAGGCCCCGUUCCUGACGCCGAUGGAAGUCGUGGAUUAG